CUGGAGUUGAUGUCUCCCCGGAGGGGGCAAGUAGGAAGAUGGCUUGCUUGGUCAGAAACGGAUCGAUGGCAGAUGGCAAUUAAUUCGAGUACGAAUGCAAAGUUUGCUUCGUGUUUGAUUUCAAUAUUUUCCUUCCCAUUCGCCACAGUGAUGGCCACUGCACCUGUUCAAUUGCGGGGCAUCUGCGACUUUCGCUGCUGGUUGGUUUCGCUGAGCUUGCUCGGCUGCUUAUUCUCAAAGGAGGCCUUGUUUUGCGGACGCCCCACUGCCACACGGUCACUGAGGAGCUUGCGAGCAGCAAGUGCAGUUGUGUCCUUUGACCUUGACGACACCCUGUGGCCCCAAGUGGAGGUUAUUGAAGAGGCCAAUCAGCAGAUCGCCAGUCUUCAUGCGACGCUGUCAGCAGAAGAGGUGCAGGGCACCAUGCGCCGUCUUCGGCAGGAACCUCCAUGGGAGAAGGUGAGCUAUUGCAAUCUUCGCUGCGCAGCCUAUGCUGAGCUCCUUGAUGACACAGCAUUGGCAGAAGAAGUUCUGCAACAGUGGAUUUCUGCGCGCAAUCAUGCUGGUGCCAAACUCCUUUACCCGGACGUCAUGCCUUGCUUGGAAGGACUCGCUUCAUCUGGAGCUAUUGUUGGGGCAAUCACCAAUGGUGCCGGCAACCCUCGUGAUAUUCCUGCAUUGGCCAACUUUUUCCAUUUCUCCGUUUCAGCACAGGAGGAGACGAUGUUCCCGCACCGGAAGCCAUCCCCCGUGAUCUUCCAAGAAGCACUGGAGCGUGCGCGCUCUUCUGGAUGGACCGGUGAGUCUUGGUGGCAUGUGGGUGAUGACUUGGCCACGGAUGUUGCGGCUGCUGCGCGUGUGGGCCUUCGGACUGGUGUAGCAAUUGAUCCAGCCCAGUAGGUCGCAAUACCAUGCCCUAUGGCAGUAUGGUCACCAAAUGUUGGGGUCAUUGUGCAGCCAAGUUAGGUUCAAUAUGGUUCAAUGUUUCUCAGAGAGAAACCUUGAGUAUCCCGGAGGACUGUGCACAUUGACCGCCCG